GGCAUCCCCCUGCUGCAGGGCCCACGGGCAGGCCGGGGCGUGCCAGGGGAGGGGCACCGGCGCUAGGCUUGGAGCGCACGCUGUGGACGUGAGGGGGCGCUGCCGGGUGGGGGCAUGGCUCUGGCGAUCGCGCGCCGGCGGGAAAUACAGGCUGGCUGGCCGGGGUCUGGAGCGGGUGCAGCCCGGGCGUCUCAGAGAGGGCCUCUGGGUUCAGGGUAGGGCGCGAGCAAUUGAGCAGAGUGUGGGAGAGGGUGCUUGGAGCAACGCGUGCGGCGAGGGCAAAGGCGUGGCAGCCAGAAUGCGGCGCCAUAGCCGGGGGCGUGGGCCUUUGUUCUGAGGCGCCGAGAAGGCCCUGCUGCGUCUGGACCGAGAGAGAAGAGACCGGGAGCAGGGCGGGGCUGGGUCGGAAGAGGCCGGCUUUAAGGGUACCGGUCGAUGCGCGGGUUUCCGCCCCAGGCGCCCAGGCACGGAUUUGAAGUUCCCUAGGCGGUGGGUGAAUAAAGACGGGGAACGGCCUGUGGCAUAGGUAACGGCACGUGCAAAGACUUGGCUUGUUUGAAGAAUUGCCAAGAAUUAAUUCAUCGCCAUGGAGGGCUCGGAGCCCAGGAGGGUCCCGAUCUGUCAGGUCUGAACAGGCUCCCUCUGGCGGUCGCGUGGGCAAUAGGCCGGGGGGCGGGCAUCCCAAGGAGAUGGCUCCAUCAGCCUCGGCCGGAGGUGCCGGGGCAGUGGCGGAGUGCGAAGUGAUCUCAGGGUGAGAUGUGGAGCACGCAAGAAAGGGAGGGGCUGGCCCCAAAAGAGGAAAGGCGAUUUGGGCGUGAGGCACCGGAGGGGGGUGAGUCUGAGACCCCAUUAGACCCGGAAGGUUAAGGGAGGCUGCGCUCCGGGGCUGUGUGACCCAGCCUCAGCCGGGCUGGUGGAGAGUGGGUGUCACGGUGCGUCCUGUGUCCCGACUGUGCUCCCCUAGACUGGAGGUGCGUGUGGGCUGGGUGCAGGAUGAGCCAGGUACCCUAUCUUUGUUUGAAAGACGGAACACUGAGUCCUAGUGAGCAUGGUGCCUGCUUGGCGGGUGAAGUAGCAGAGCCGCUCAGAUUCCCGGAGUUCCCUUCCAGUGUCUGAGGGUGGGCAAAUUAAGUGGAAUUAGGAGGUCAGAAUUUUGACAAGAGUCAUGCUGAUACGGAGGCCACUGCUGCACCACCUUUGCCCUCCCGAUCACACACCCUGCACGAUCCACGCAAGCCCCCUCUCUAUGCCACACCCACACCUCAGUGCCCUACAAGCCAUAUCGAGAUUCCAAGAACACCAGGCUGCAAGAGGGACCUCCCUACCUGCGGUGCUGGGGUUGGCCAGAGACCACUUGCCAGGCUAGUGCCCAACUUACUCUCAACCCUUUGUGACUAUGCACACCCUGAAUCGCUUAGUCCAGGAGGCAGUCAGGGCGUGCCAUCCCACCCCAAGAAGACCUCAGUAUACACUAGUUAACAUAACCCCAUUCCAAGCCAACAGACCUGGGUCUCCACAGGACCUUGGAUGCUCCAGGCUUAGGGGAUGUGGCAAAGGAAGAUCAAAAAAGAAGCUGCUUGGGGAGGAAUCACAGCCAGCCAGGAAAGGGAGUGGGUGGUGCCCUGGGGGCUUCAGAGGUAGAGCUGCAGAGGUCCUGGAGACGGGGUGGUGUUUGUGCAGAUGGCGGCGGCAGAGGCGGUGCACCACAUACACCUGCAGAACUUCUCCCGCUCGCUGCUCGAGACUCUCAACGGGCAGCGGCUGGGCGGGCACUUCUGCGACGUGACUGUGAGGAUCCGCGAGGCUUCGCUGCGUGCACACCGCUGUGUGUUGGCUGCUGGCUCGCCCUUCUUCCAGGACAAGCUGCUGCUCGGCCACUCGGAGAUCCGCGUGCCGCCGGUGGUGCCCGCGCAGACGGUGCGCCAGCUCGUCGAGUUCCUCUACAGCGGCUCGCUUGUGGUGGCACAGGGCGAAGCCCUGCAGGUGCUCACGGCCGCGUCGGUGCUGCGCAUCCAGACGGUCAUAGACGAAUGCACGCAGAUCAUUGCCCGCGCCCGCGCCCCGGUCCCGGGCGCGCCCGCACCCCUACCCACGCCGGUGCCCCCACCUCUUGCGCCCGCGCAGCUACGCCACCGCCUGCGCCACCUGCUUGCCGCGCGACCCCCGGGCCACCCCGGUGCCGCGCAUAGCCGCAAGCAGCGCCAGCCAGCGCGCCUGCAGCUGCCCGCGCCCACUGCGCCCACCAAGGCCGAGGGGUCGGACGUCGACCCCGCCCUCCCGGCGCCCCCGGACGACGGCGGCGAUGGCGACGAGGAGACCGAUGACGAAACCGACGGCGAGGACGGCGAAGGCGGCGGCCCGGGAGAGGGCCAGGCGCCCCCUUCCUUCCCCGACUGCGCCGCCGGCUUCCUCACCGCCGCCCCUGACAGCGCGUGCGAGGAGCCGCCUGCACCCGCCGGCCUCGCCGACUACGGCGGCGCCGGGAGGGACUUCCUUAGGGGGGCGUCGGCUGCCGAGGACGUGUUCCCGGAGAGCUACGUGUCCGCUUGGCAAGAUGAGGAUGGCACCGCCGCGGAAGCCUGUGCCACCGAGACCCCGGCUCCGCCUGACUGCGUCCUGUCCGGAUCCCGCGUCCCCGGCGUGAAGACCCCGGGGCCCCCAGUCUCGCUUUUCCCGUUUCAUCUGGGCGCUCCUGGGCCACCUGCGCAACCUUCUCCCGCGCCCUCCGGCCCUGCUCCUGCACUCUCCUCCGCCUUCUACCCCGCGCUCCAGCCAGAUGCGGCCCCCAGCGCGCCUCCGGGGGAGGCACCGGCCCCGCCCGCCGCUCCCGCCGUGGCCCCCUCCGCCACCCCUGCCCGAGCCCCGGGUGCCGCCGAGCCACCUGCCUAUGAGUGCAGUCACUGCCGCAAGACGUUCAGCUCGCGGAAAAACUACACCAAGCACAUGUUCAUCCACUCGGGGGAGAAGCCCCACCAGUGCGCCGUGUGCUGGCGAUCUUUCUCACUGCGCGACUACCUGCUGAAGCAUAUGGUCACACACACAGGCGUGCGCGCCUUCCAAUGCGCUGUCUGCGCCAAGCGCUUCACGCAGAAGAGCUCACUCAACGUGCACAUGCGCACGCACCGGCCCGAGCGCGCGCCCUGCCCCGCCUGCGGCAAGGUCUUCUCACACCGCGCGCUGCUCGAGCGCCACCUGGCCGCGCACCCCGCGCCCUGAUCCAGUUCUGGGCCUGGCUACGCCCACCGCAGGAUUGACCACGCUCCCGCGCAGUCGGCCACCCUCUGCCGGGUUAGGGACCUCCCGUGGAACUAGGCCACAACCACCGCGGGACCGGUAACAUCCCUGCCUAGACGCCUGGACCACAUUCCCACCACCAAACCACACUUUCCCCAGAGCGCAGGCCUUCCCUCUGCUUCCGCCCUUUCCCCCAGACCUGACCAGGGGUCCAGCCUGCCUUACUCCUCUCCUCCCUCGUACUUAGACCCUCCUGACGGUGGCAGGCUGGGGCUGGGUUUGGUCAGGGACCUGAUCACCCCUGAGAACUGGAUCAUCUCCAGCCUAAACUCAGAGACCCUUGGGCCAGGCCCAAGAUUUGUGGCUUGAGUGGGGUGGGUUCUGGAGCUGCUCCUCUGCCCCAGCGUCGAGCGGGGCAUGAUCCCUGGCUCCCCACCGUACCCCUUCCUCAGUCUGGUGUCUAGGGGGCUCAGGUGGACCCAUCAUGGACUGGGACAGGGCCUUGGGACUCCCGCUCUCUAAUAAAGUACUGGGGCCAUGGGUUCCAAACUCGGAAGCUGUGAGCUCCCAGACCCGUGCAUUUCUCAUCAUCACAGAAUGGUUGUGGGCCUGGGGGCUCAGUGCCCCCAUCCCUGGGCAGCUAACCCUAACCUCCUGGGCUCCCUGGGCAGAGACAGGAUGAUCCACUUGGCCCCUCAUGCCUCUGUUCUCCAGGAGGAAGUGGGAUGUCCAUGUGACUGGCACUUGACUCUUCUAGAGCCCUUGGUGCUAUGGGGAGAGGUACAGGCCAGCCCUGAGGUGCAUCUGGAAGAGGGAAGCCAUAUGUGGGAAAGAUGCAGACUUCAAGGCCCUUCCUGCAGGAAUCUCAAGGCCCUUUGGACUCUAGGCUUCCCCAUCCCCAUCCUAAUGGGCAUGAUUGAGCACCUUACUUGGGUGGGGGGAGGGUGCCUAGGGAGUCUUUGAGGCCAGGCUGCCAUGUGGGGAUCUGAGCUCCAGGAUGCCCACCCUGGCUGGUAAGUUCUGAAGCGUGGGGUGGGGGAGCAGGGCAAAAGGGGAGAAGCAGCCAGGACCCUUGGGCUGCUAACCAGGGGGCUGAAGGUACUGAUCCCUGGUAGCAAACCAGUGUCACAAGACCCCGCAUCAGUUUGGCUGCCAGCCCAGAAAGCAGCCACUCUUCUGCUUGCAGAGCAUUGGUGGCACCUGACCCCGGGCACCCUGUCUUAAAGAUUUGGAGCAGGUGGAGAGGGGUUUGAGCUGAAGACCUGCGGGCUCCCAGGUCGAUGGCACCGCCUCUGAGCUUCCCCUCUGUGACUGCCUCCCAGAGGUGAAGGGCUCAGGCUUCCGGGCCCACCACUGAGAGACUGCCCUGCCCACGUUCCGGGCAGGGGGAGUUUAGCCUCCUGAACCCCGUGGAUGCCAGGGGGUUGGGCCGACUCAGCCCAGCAUGUGGGUGGGGGUGGGGACGUCAGAACUGGGUUUGAAUUUAGUCACUGAAUUUGUUCCUUCAACUAUUUGCAGAGUGCCAGGCACGUACCUGGCUAGAGGUAGGCACAG